AGCGUCACGGUCACGCAGUUUGAUGUCCGUGGGAUCAUACGCGCGAUGGGUGGGAGAGAGGUCGGGGUCAGGUAUACUUUCAACGACUGGCUGUCGUUCGUGGAUGCGCAAGCCAUCCCCGUGCCCACAGAGCACAAGACGCGCGGAGAGCGCUUCUCCUUCACCUUGUACACGCCUCCUUUCUUAGGUCCGAGCGCUGCUGUGCAUUUCGCCGUGUACAUGAGGGACGAUAACUCUGAGUUCUGGGACAACAACGAUGGGAUGAACUAUUCGCUGAAGUACCACAGCUCGUCAUCCAGCGAGACCGCGGCUUUCAACGCGAUAUGAAGUGGUGCGCUUUUACGCAGGGGUUCAUUGCGCGUUUCACCGAGCACUGUUACUGUCGUCAAAGAGGCUUCAGCGCUCAAGGCCGAAGGAUAUAUGCAGUGGAUUGACAUGUCCUAGAAAGAGUUUACCAAAAAUGAAAUUUCCUUCAUCAUAUAGUCACCCUCAUGUUGUUCCAAACCCGUUUGAUGUUGUUUCUUUCGUGGAAAGAUAUUUGGUAGAAUGUCCAAGCUGCUCAUAUAAGUGGAUGAGGGUUGUUCAGCCCCAAAAACACCAUGAAAGUGUCAUAAAUGUGGUCCAUAUGUCCUGUCCGUUAUGUUCUAAAAUUCUAAUAUCACAUACUUUUAUAAUUUUAAAGUUAUUACUUGCUAAAAAUCUUGUCUUCUGCAGUCAUGUCACAUUUGAAUUGAAGCCUGUUCUGUCAUAGGAACA